CCCGUACGUCAUCAACAUGUGACAGAAGAACAAGCUUGCCUGCAGGGAAUGCUUUUAGUUAGCUAGCAAGCUGUCUCGCUCAUCAUGUGAUUUUUCUAAAAAGCUAGUUAUAGCUAAUUUCGGAAGAUCUCGGCGACACAACUCCUCACUGAUGAAGAUAGAAGGCCCGCGAUUGGGAGACGGAUCGCCGCUGACGUGAGGAAUGCCCGGGUCAGACCGACACCAUGGAAGCAAGAGGAAGCCGGACCCCAGCGCCUCACUGCAGCCUCCGCCAGCUAGCGGCACCGGCGGGGCUUAUCAGCCGCUGCUGUCGCCGCACUCCUCAGCCGCCAACAUGACGAGCAGAGACGGCAAACUCCUCUCGAAGUCGUCCGCCUCCUCUUCGUCGUCCUCCUCCUCUUCCAAGCGGAAGCGGCACAAGUCGUCUAAGCACGGCCGGGAAUCGUCGGCGCUGAGCCCGGCGGCCGCCUUUGCAGCGCUGGGCUCCGCACCGCCUCCUGCCGUCAGCGCCAUCAAGCCACUUGUUGAGUAUGACGACAUCAGCUCGGACUCGGACACCUUCUCGGACCCCCCCGCAUCCCGCCCCUCCGCAGACCGUAGAGGGGGGGAGAGGCUGGAGGCAGACUUGGAUUACGGUAAGGACGAGGGGGGCGGGGCCGGCGGGAGCAGGGACGGCCGGGUACACAAGCACAGGCACCCCCGUAAGAAGUCCAAAGACUCGCACAGAGCUAAAGACUCGGCAGAGUCCUGCGGCAGCUCCAAGAAAAAGAGCAGCAGGGACCGGGAAAAAGGAAGUUCAGGGAAAAGUAAGGAGAAAGUGGCCUCCGUGGCCACCUUGUCAUCUGGGUCCCGGCAGCCGGCCCAGAUAGAGGGGGACCUGGUACUGAAGAGGGCCAAACUGCCCCAGAGUGUGCUGGCCCAGCCUGGGGCUAGCGUGAGCAGCACAGCGUCCUCGUCCUCGUCCUCACGCAGUAAGGAUGACGCCGGCCGCUCGGCCAAGCCACGCAAGGACAAGCAGCAGCGACGCGAGGGAAGCGGAGAGCACGGCUCCUCGCAGAAGGAGCGCGCCGACAAGGGCCACCGCAAGUCUAAGAGCUACAAGGCCAGUCCCAAGCGCCGGCCGUCCUCCAGGGGGAGCCCUCGCAGAAAGGCCCUCGCCUCCAUCCAGUCCCCCAGCCCCAAACGCGGAGGUGCUGACAGCCCCUUGGGUGGGAGCUAUAGCCUCGACGUGGAGGAGAGCUACCAUCAUCGGCGGCGACAGGCCCAGCAGAGCCCCAGCCCGUACCGGGAGGUGUCGAGGCGCAGCCGACAGCGCUCAGACAGCCCCUACGGUGGCCGGCAGCGCUCCUCCAGCUACGAGCGUGACAGCAGCCCCUACUCCUCCAGGAAACGCUCCUCGCUCAGUCCCUAUGGCAACCGGAGAUCCUCCAGCCUCAGUCCCAUGUCCCGGCGCUCUGCUCGCUCCCGUAGUCGCUCCCCGGGCCCCUUCUCCUCGUCCUCUUCCCGGCGCUCUUCCUCACGCUCGCGUAACAAGAAGCACUCAUCUGCGGGGGGCGGUGGUGGUUCCCACAGCAGCCGGCCCCCCAGCCGCUCUCCAUCCACCUCCUGUCUGCCGCUCAACUCCAGUCUGGGCGCUGAGCUCAGCCGGCGGAAGAAGGAGCGACAGGCCGCUGCAGCUGCGGCCACCCGCGCAUCCUCCCCCAACGCGAAGCGGCCCGUGAAGCCAGAGCCUGAGCCCCCCGACAGGGAGAAGGCCCCUCCAGCUGACCCAACUCCCCAAGCCCCGCCCUUAGCCCCACCCCCUCUCCCGCCGGCCAAUCAGCGCGGAGAAGAGAAGACCUCGGCCCCGCCACUGCCACCCUUCUCCUCCCCUCCACCACCGCUGCCUCCCUCUCAGACCCCUCCCCUGCCCCCUCCUCUGCCCCCGUCACCAGCCACGCUACAUCAACCGCCCCUGCCCCUCCCAGAGGUCGCACAGCCCGCCUCAACUCACACGACCCCUUCCUCCGCUUCCUCCUCCUCAUCCUCGGCGGCUCAGCCCAAAUCCCCAGCAGUGCUGCCGACACGCAGUCCUGCCCGCCAGCCGCCCCCCAUGAAGACCUCCACGCUGCCCCCCCUGCCCUUGCCGCCUAUGCUGCUGGGGGAACAGGACAGCCCAAAGAAGACCCCCCCACAAAGACCGCACAAGAAGGAGAAGGAGGUGCGGAGCAGGCCGCUGCUGAGCGACCUCCCGCUACCCCCCAUUCUGGCCGGUGGAGACUCGUCACCCCCUCAAUCUCCUGUCCAAAAGGCCCCACCCUCACUGCAACCCGUUUUCAAGAAGAGACCAAAGUUCUGCUGCCCCCGCUACGGCGAGCGUAAGCACACCCAGAGCGACUGGGGCAAGCGCUGUGUGGACAAGUUCGACAUCAUCGGCAUCAUCGGAGAGGGAACGUACGGACAGGUGUACAAGGCCAAGGACAAGGACACUGGCGAACUGGUAGCCCUGAAGAAGGUCCGCCUGGACAACGAGAAGGAGGGCUUCCCCAUCACAGCCAUCCGCGAGAUCAAGAUCCUGAGGCAGCUGAACCACCGCAGCGUGGUGAACAUGAAGGAGAUCGUCACGGACAAGCAGGACGCCCUGGACUUCAAGAAGGACAAAGGUGCCUUCUACCUGGUGUUCGAGUACAUGGACCACGACCUGAUGGGGCUGCUGGAGUCGGGCCUGGUGCAGUUCUCGCACGAGCACGUGCGCAGCUUCAUGCGGCAGCUGAUGGAGGGCCUGGAUUAUUGCCACAAGAAGAACUUCCUGCACCGGGACAUCAAGUGCUCCAACAUCCUGCUCAACAACAGCGGUCAGAUCAAGCUGGCGGAUUUCGGUCUGGCCCGGCUCUACAACUCGGAGGAGAGCCGGCCUUACACUAACAAGGUGAUAACACUGUGGUAUCGACCCCCCGAGCUGCUCCUGGGGGAGGAGAGAUAUUCCCCGGCCAUUGACGUCUGGAGCUGCGGCUGCAUCCUGGGAGAGCUCUUCACGAAGAAGCCCAUUUUCCAGGCAAAUCAGGAACUACUCCAGCUGGAGCUAAUCAGCCGCCUCUGCGGCAGCCCCUGCCCGGCAGUCUGGCCUGAUGUCAUCAAGCUGCCCUACUUCAACACCAUGAAGCCCAAGAAGCAGUAUAGGCGGCGGCUACGCGAGGAGUUCUCUUUCCUGCCCACCGCUGCCCUCGACCUGCUGGACCACAUGCUGACCCUUGACCCCGGCCGGCGCUGCACGGCAGAGCAGGCCCUCCACAGCGACUUCCUGAUCGACGUAGAGCCCAGCAAGAUGGCCCCGCCCGACCUCCCGCACUGGCAGGAUUGCCAUGAGCUCUGGAGCAAGAAACGUAGGCGGCAACGUCAGAGCGGGCUGCCUGAGGAUGUGCCCAAAGUGCCCCGCAAGGACCCCGCUGGGCCCCCCAGUGGAGAAAACAGCCGGCCCCCGGCUAGCCCCGCCGGGGCACCCCCACCUGCAGCCGCCCCGGGCCGCUCCCAGUCUUCAGGCACCGGCGACAAUCAGCUGGCAGGUCUGGGCGCGGCCACGGAGCAGCUGAACCAGAGUGAGCUGGCGGUGCUCCUGAACCUUCUGCAGAGGCAGACGGACCUGAGCCUCCCGCAGGUGGCCCAGCUGCUCAGUGUGUCGGCCCACCCCGAGAGCCAACGGCAGCUGGAGAACCUCAGUCAGUCGCUGUCGGUACUCAGCGAGCCCUCCCACCAACAGGGGGCGCCGCUCCGAGCCGAGCUGGAAGAGGAGCCCGCGGGAGCGCCCGAGGAACCCCCGGAGCCCGCCCCGCCGGCCGAUCCGUCCCUUAGCCAGGAGGACCAGGCUAAUUUCCUGGCGCUGCUGCUGGGACAGCUGAUUAAACCGGCGGGCGAGGGGGCGGAGCAAGCCGACGAGAGCAAUGGCGUCCAAUCAGAGGAGCCCGUCCCCCGUGGUGCCGCUGCUGGCGAUCGCAAGGACAGCGCGGUCAGAAGGCGGAAGCCGGUCAGCGUGGGCCAGGGACCUCUGCCUUCAGAGAGACGCCCCCCCCUCCCCCAGGGCCGCCCCCCCGCUGCCUUUCUCGGCCCGCUCCACCCAGCUGGCGAGUCGCACACGGGCGAGGACAUCAACCCUGCAGUAGCAGCUGCCCUCCUCCAGUUACUGUCUCAGCCGGACACUGAUCCCAGGCCGCUUCUAGAGGACAGCCAGCCGGGCCACAAAGACGAGAUGUCUGUGGAGGGCAGGGCUGUGGCGCGGUCCUCCCAGCAGCAGGGGGCGCCUGUGUCCUGGACUCAGCCCUCAGACUCUCCAAAAUCUCCAGAGACCCAGCUCUGUGGUGAGCCCGUCCCGACCCUCAGCACAGCGGCGCAAUUCCCACGGGACCAGGACUUCCGAUUCGCUCACGGGGCCCCAGCCAAGCCUGGGGUCCCUGGUUUCCCUAGUAACGAGGCUUGGGGCCAGGGAAGCAAGGGCUUCCAGGGCAACAGCCAACCCCAGGCACAGGGUCCAGGCAGGGGUAAAGGGGGACCCUACUGACGGGCGUCUUAAGGAAUCUAUCGCUAUGUGAGCAGCCUGAAUAAUCAGGGGCAGGGUUACAGCAAGUGUGGAACACCUGCUUGUUUAGUACUUGGUCAUACUCCACUUGCCUGAGAUGAAAAAUAGAAGGGACCAGGGAAGGGAGGACAGUGAGGGGCAUGUAAACAUUGAAGGUUUUGGAGGGAUGUUGCAGAAGGCAGUCUGGUAAGCCCCAAUCCCCAAGUGCCC